UGCCAUCGUUUCACGAUACGAGGAAUCCGCGAGGCUCGCUUCUUACGCAUAUCGGACGAUUCUACGGCGAGAUGAGAUCGCUCGCUGUGGCGUUGCUGGCCGUCGUUGGCACGUGCCACGCAGCUCGACUGGACAACACUUACCUUCCCCCGGGCAAUGCGGGCAGCGCAGGUGGUGCAGGUUUAAUUCAAACUCCUCAUCGUGGAGGGGGUGGUGGUCCAGGAGGUCCAGGAGGUCCUGGCGGUCCGGGAGGACACGGUGGCCCAGGGGGACCCGGUAGACCAGGUGGACCUGGUGGUCCCGGCGGUCCCGGCGGUCCUGGAUUUGGAGGUGGAGGUGGUGGCUCUUACGGCGGUGGUCCCGGAGGUGGAGGCGGAGGCGGUGGCUCUUAUGGCGGUGGUCCCGGAGGUGGAGGUGGUGGUGCUGGAGGUGGUGGGCCAAGAGGAGGAGGUCAAGAGAUUCCUAUCGUUUCGUUUAACAGCCAGAACAGCGGCGACGGCAACUACCAGUUCAGCUACGAAACAGGAAAUGGUAUCAGUGCGCAGGAAACGGGUCAACUGCAAGGUAACGCCGAGGCGGUGAGCGGAUCAUACUCGUACACCGGGCCCGACGGCGUGCAGUACAGCAUCACUUACACCGCGGACGAAGAAGGUUUCCAUCCUCAGGGCGCGCAUCUUCCUACCCCGCCGCCGAUACCACCGGAGAUUCAACGAGGUGUCGAAUUAGCACUUGCGGCGGAAGCUAGGGGCGAGAAUCAGGACGGUGGAUACUCUCAAGGAGGCGGUGGUUACGGAGCAGGAGGUGGUGGAAGAGGAGGCGGUGGUAGCGGUGGUUCUUAUCAGGGUCCAAGCUCAUACCAACCGAGCUCUGGCGGCUACCAUUACUAGAUGACGUACAAGUCGUUGCAUAUUACACGAUCGAUCUUGUUCCACGGUAAUAUCAUUUACAGGCGGAUGUAUGUAUAUAAGGAUGUAUCGUUUAUAUAACUUUUUUAUUUAUAUAAAAUAUGAAUAUCUUAUUAAACUUGCGUUCACUUUUAUAACG